UUCAAAAAGGGAAUUAGGUUUCAAAUUUCAUAUUAGAGCCUUGAAAGUCGCACCAAGAGAAGUGAUUGCUACUUGAUACAGCUGAGCUGUCUGCUUGGGUUUUAUAACUAAGGUACCAUCCCACCUGUCAAAGCUUUCCGUCACUACCUAAUAUCAAGUACCAACGUCGCCUACGCCGGUAGAGGAAAACUGUCACAGCAAAAUGGAAGGCAGCUACUCCCCUGAUGCUGCCCCGGAGGGUUUCAUCUCUCCCUCUCCCCACACCCAACCAACUCAGUAUCAGGCAGCCUCGGUCGAAAUCAACGGUGCGGUCUCGGAAUCCUGAGCCUGUUCUCGACCGCCGAAAGGCUCGGGCAGUAGCGCGCUCUCUUCGUCCGGCUGGGCACCGGACUGCUCCGAGGUCUCGUCUAGAAGAUAUCUCCGAUCGAGCCACGUGAAGACGGCGGCGGGAUAGAAAACAAGCCUAGUAAGGUGGCGACUUGUCAGCAGAGUGCAUAAGGCCUAUGACCGAUCGAUCCCCUCGCUCUGAGUGCUUGGUCGGUACCACCGGCGGCGCAAACCCAUGCGACUUGAGCGGACAGACAUGACAACACAGCUAAACUCACAGAAGCACAAUUCCAGAGGUCCAAGCCGCAAUGACAUUGUAGAACCUGAAGUCGCGGCAGGAAUAGUAGGAGCAGGGAGCCAGGGCACCGAACGCAAGCAACAGGAUCCACAGCACAGU